AUGCCUGCGGUGUUCUCAGUGUUUCAACAACGAAUGUUAUUAGACUAUAUUUCGUCGUCAACAUGUCUUAUUCGCAUGGAUAAAGAAUGUAAGGCGAUGAUGCAGAUUAGUUUCUCCCCCGAGCUAAUUGAGGAGAAAGAGGAGAAACGUGUUGCACGUGGAGGCGAAACAAUGUAUUUUUCGAAUUUCGCCCCAUUUCUCCUCAUUUCUCCUCGGAGGAGAAACUCAUCUGCAACAUCGCCUAAGUUUUCCUUUUCUUCUUCUUAUGUUUUGUUACAACUCAUCUUGAGCUUUUUUCAGGGGUCAACGGUCGAUCGUUGGAAGAAUGCGUGCGAUUUAUGUUUGAAGAGCUGAAAUUAGAUCGAGAUAUUUGCCGUGAUUAUUACGAUUCCCGUGAUUCUGGAACUGCGAUAUCUUUUUUCGCUACGUUCGAACGUCGGUGCGAUUUGCGAUUGUUCAAUUCUCGUCUUUGUGAAUUUGCUAACAAAGUCAAUUCGUAUGUUGUUAAGCUUUACUUUCCGUUUUAUUCAUUAUGUUUAAAGAUGUCCUUGGGGAUACGAAAAUCUGAAAGCAGCCAAUCCGCGACAUCAUCUCCGCCAGAUCUACCUGCCUUCCAGAUCAAGAGGUUGUAAUGCAAUCAGGCUACUCAUUUUUUAAAUUCUAUCAGUUUUUUCAGGUCGAAAUAGUGUAAGUUUUUUCCUAACCGCUUCAGAAAAAAACGAUCGUCCGCUUCCCGCUUUCCAGGUCCAAAUUAUUAACAAUAAACGAUCAGCGGUAGAACAAGGUUGUUUUUUGGAAAUACAAGCCAUUUUUACAUUUUUUUUUCAGGUCAGGUUACGGAGUUUCCCUCACCUCCUCCACCUCCUCCUUCCGUUAUGGAUGCAGAUCAACAACCACGUAUUUCUCAUCGAAAUGCCGCCAAUCACAUUUCCGCACAUGUAAAAGACAAUUCAUUGAAAACUUCUGAGACUCCUGCUUCCGAUGUUCAAAACGAAGUACCAGAAGCUGCUAAUAAUCCUCAUCAUUCUGUCCUGAUUCGAGAUGUUGACACCGACUUUGAUCAAAACAUUUUUGAGUCGUUUGUUGGAGUACUGCGCAACCCAGCUAUACUUGGUGCUCGUGAGUUUUUGUUUACAAUUUCUUUCUGCACAUUUUGUCUCAUGUGAAAUGGUUAUGCACGAGCUUGACGAUUUACUGUUCAUAGAAACAGAACUCCGCCCAACCUAAUCUCGGAUAUUUUAGAAAAAUGUCAGUAAACUGCCAAUGAGAAAAACAACUAAUGAUACUAAUCUUUUAAAUAUGUCUGAAAUAGUUUAGAUUUAAGUUUUUCGUGAAAUUCCGAUAUUUUGUUAAGAUAUAGGACGGUACUGUUUUCAAAGCAAUGAUAUGAACACAAGAAGAUUAACAAGAAAACCUUUAUUUGCUCAACACUUCAAACUUUGAUAACAUGGUCGUUUAUAGACAGAUUUUGGAGUCAAAAGAACACCCUAAAUUUUUUUUCUACCAAAAGUUCAAAAAUUGUCAAAAUUGGCUCAUGAUCAUAAAACGCUAAAAAAUGACCACUGGAAGAUCUUGGCCGUGGGAAAAGAUGGCGACCAUACUCAGGUUCCUCACAACAUGUCAAACAGCAAUCGGUGAGAGUGAAAGAGACGAAAAGAUAUUAAAAUCGCGCGUGAUCUACAGCGAUUUACAUUAGCGGGUCUAGGAUUUGUGAAAUUUAGAAAUAGGCUUCAGCUUGACUUGUGAGAAUUCAUUCUUGAACUUUCAGUGUGCCAAGCGACUAAAAGUCAUCGUCAAUUUUUUUCGAAACAAAAUAUGUUUAGCAACCGAAAUUUCAAAAAUUAUGGAUUUUCAGACCCACAAAUUUUUAAUGUACCUUUGAUCUAUUUUUCUCUAAGUCUUCUUCACUCUCACCGAUUGCCAAUUUUCAUUGGGCUGACAUGAUGUGUCCUCCAGGCGGCGGUCAGAAAAAAUUGCCACGAGGGUGGAAUUCUCUUCAAGUUGAUAUAAACUUCAUACGGAAUUUCCACGAUUGUUUUUGAAAAGUGAAAAACUAUGAUCAUUUUCGGAAAUAUUGAAAAAAGGUUGAAAACAUUUCAAAAAAGUUUGAGCAUUUUCAUCGAAAAUCGGGUCACUAUGAAUUGUUCAUUUCAUCAAGCUCUACAAACUAGUGUAUAGAAUGUAUGUUAAAAUUUCAUCAACACAGAUCCUUUUCGGUUCAAAGUUCUACAAUUUUGGUUUUCAGAAAGUUUCAAAAUUCACUUCAAACAUUGUCUGAAAUUAGAUGAAAAAUUAUAAAAUUAAAACCUGAAAAACAACGAAAUUAUGUGUACGUGGCGAUUUUUUCUGGAAGAGCCUGUGCCGUAUGGCUUCAAAUGCACAUCUUGUUUUGGAGACGUCAUCAACAUUUCAUUUCUGCAAGCAGUCAUUUUUUUUGCGAACUGACAAUGUGUACAAUUAUCUUUUAUCAUGUUUGAUGAAAAAAAAACAAUUUACAAAAACAUAUAUUGUCCUGCUACUGAGAAUCUUAGCUUUAAUCGACAGAACGAAGGUGCUCUUAUAAGAUUCCAUGUUUUGAAUUGUUUUUAGAGCAAGCCCACUUAAAUUUAUAAAUUAUAACAUAUUUAUUGUUAGUUCUUCUUUUAUUUCUUGUUUUCAGUAACUCAACUUGCUGCUGCUUCCGAUAGACUACAGUAAGGAUUUGGAUUUUUGGACACUCGCUUUAGAUAUUCUAUUUCCUGUUUUAUAUAUUUAACACUGUUUCUGCCAACAAAAAGGAAUAGUUCUAUGUGUUCAUCAGAUUAAAAAUAAAUAAAUAAAAAGAAGAAUCCGAAAUUUUAAAAACCGCGAAAGAGAGAGCUACUACAGCGCUCCACAUUAUGAUAUACAAUUACGUAUUGUCAAUCCGAAAGAAAAAGAACCCUUGUUUAAAUUGGCGCUCACGUAAAGUAGACAAAAAUGACGUGACACAUGCACAUCAAACUGGUUGGCAAAGCGCCAGUGUGUAAAUUUCGCAUUUUAUUUUUAAAAUAGACUCCAAAACUUUGCUAAGUCUACUGUAGUUUGGUUUUCUAGGCCAUUUCGAUUCUCUUCCAAGGCUCUUAUUUUUUCGGAUUGACAAUGAAAAAUUGAAAAAAACACUAGUGAUGGUGAUUUUUUAUGGUUUUUUGUCAAAAUAUGGAAGGAAAACAUUUUGUAUUGGAACAACCGGAACGAAAUUUAACUGACCCACAGUGCCCGGUUUUAUAACAAAGAUAUAUUACAUAUUAAGAUUCAUAAUUCAAGAAUUCACAUAGAGUUUAUCAUGCUUUGUUGUGAUUACACAUGACAAUUGUCAUAUGAUUUGAUUAUUCAUGUACGUCAUCGUUUCCGAAUUUAUGUUUUCAAACUGUCGAUCGAAACACAAGAUUGCUAAUGUUAGAUUUGAAAUAUUAGUAACUCAGUUCACGCCUGUACGACUUGGAUAACUUGGAUGACUUGGAUAACACAGCCUGUUGGUAACUAUUUUUAACCGAAAAACCAGUUGGAAGAGAAACAGAGAAAAAUACAAAUCACAGCGAAAAAAAUUAUUUUUUUGUUCGAAAAUUUUCUUUGUGUGUGCAAAAACUUUCUGUUUAGUGCACCGUACCACACGGAAAAAAAAAUUUAUUUUUUUUCCGCUGUGAAAUCGAACUGCAACAUUUUUCCGCGCUGCAAUAUCAGUCGAAAAUGUAUUCAUUUUCCAUCUAUUUCACUUUUUUCGGCUGGUUCUCUCGCCUUUUUCCCUUUGUCGUGCGUAAAAAAUAUAUCAAAAAUACGAAAUUCAAGAAGAAAAACCGUAAGAAAAAAUUACAAAAACAAUGGAAAAUGAAUACUAUUUUGACUGGUAUUGCAGCGCGAAAAAGUUUUGCAGUUCGAUUUGUCUUCUCUUUUUCUCUAGUUCUCUUCAAAUUUGCAAUUUAAAGGAGAGAGGGGGGGGGGGUAAGACCAGGGGUGGGAAACCUGGCCUCACGUUAGCCUCAUGUUGGCUUUGGUGGUAAGAACAUGAGCCAUGACAGGUCCACGUGAAAACCUGGCUACCUGUCCUGUCCUGGACAGGUUCUUUUUUACGCCGAAAAAUAGGAGAUCGCGUUUUUAUUUUAGGAUAUAUGUAUGUAUAUGAAACUUGACAAAAAUUAAAAAAUCAUUAGGUUAUUUCUCAUUUCCCUAUAUUUUUCAAACGAAGUUUUCAACACGAUUUAUAAUUUCAGAUUCUACAAUCAUACGUAACUCAAAAUGAUGAAUUUUCAUCAGAUGUGUACUGGAACAUUAAAAUUGAACCUCUGACAUUUCAAAAAAAAAUUUCCAUCUUUAUUGGCCCAUUUUGAGUCCGUUUAGAACACCCCGAACCUUAAUAACUAGGGCGGCGCACCCCCUCAAUUUUUGUUCGCUAAAUCGGAAUCAGAACUUGGGACCAAUUGAAACAUCAAUUAGACUAUUAUUAAAAAGUGUUCGUUAGGUCUCUAGUAACACGAGAAAAAAACAUCCUGAGAAAAAUUUCACGCCAAAUCAUUAGUUACAACUUAAAACACAGCGUUGUAUACUUAUCAGCCACCCUGUAAGCCAAAUCUUUACAGCCUGGAAACCACAAAACAUCACCCACUUCUACAUCCACAGGAUUCCGAUAAAUAGUGUUUUUUGUUUAAUAAAUUCUUUCAAAACAAGCUCUAUGAACUUCAAAAACAACAGGCAAGCGCUAGCUAGCAGCGAGAACUGGCGAGGUCUCGCCAGAAAAAUGCGAGAAAUGGACGGCCGUCUGCCGGCUCGCGUGCUAGCUGGCGAGAUUUUCUCGCCGACGGCUGUCAGGACACUUUCUGAGUACAAAUGCACAAAACGUGCUGAACGAGUACAAAAAAAUUCCUGAGUGAGAGAUCACGCGGAGAAGCUGAACUCGUCAGUGGCGAUUUUCAAAAAUAACAUACAAAUCCAGGUUGCUAUACAAUAAUCUGAAAAAUCAGGAUUAUUGGAAAAUGUGGCACAUUUGAGAUUGGAGAUUAAGAAUUCGGAUCAAAUAUUAGAAAGAACUCUCGCUGAAACUGGUAGAUUUUUACAACAAAAUGUUCAUGAAAGAAACGAGAAUCUGAAGAUAUUGGAAGAACUAAAAAAGACAACAUCAAAAAGGACCUGGCACUUCAAAGAUCCCAUCGACACGUCGUUGAGACUGAUAAAUAUGUACAUUGAAAGAGUCGGAGAGGCAACUCGAUAUGAAAAAAAGAAGUUGGAAACAUCGAAACGAAUUUAUUUCAAUAGAUUUUUAGAUGUUAAAUAA